AUGUACAGAUUGUACGAGGGGGUCUUGAUGUAUGAUGGAGGAACAAUCGUACCGUGUAUCUGUGAUGAAGCUUCAGACAAUUGUUCUGGACUUCAGCAACGUGUAUGGCUAACUGGAACAAAGGCAAACUUACUGAUUUGCCAGAUAAAACUGUGGAAGCUUUCCGUAAAUCACUUAGAACGAUCCACUUUCUACAAGUGUUAUGCACUUUGCCCACCACGUGACCUGAGGGGCUCCGUGAAGGGGACCACCACCCGGCUGUCGUGGGACGUCCAUCGGACAGAUGAGGAAUAUAAUUUAAUUCGAUAUUUCCAAAUUACGUAUGAAAUUGUCAACCCCGAUCAGAACUUCCUACGAAUCACACAUAAUAUCGAUGGGAUAAAACGACAGUUUACCUUAAGGGGGCUCGUACCACUGUCAACAUAUAAAACAUUCAUGGUGACGGUCGGCAGCGGAGAAGUCAGCAAUGCAAGUGACACUUUCGAGUUCUCCACGGCCUUACCAGAAGAGAACUACCUGCGCGUGGGCCGUAAUCCAUUGUACCCCGAGGAAGCCAUUAUCAUCCUCAUUCUGUUGGUCAUUUGGAUUGUGGCUAUGGUGCUCUUCGUUAGGCAGUGGGAUAGUAUACGGAUAUUACAACCUAUCGAGCCUCGAUUUAAACACACACCGAAAAACCUAGAGUCCAUCAAGGUGGUGAAGCGACCGCAGGAUAGUGUCAUAUAUAAAAACUACAAUAGGAAGCUCUCGGUCACCAUGGUCGCCCGAGAGAAACGCCAUCUUCAGAGGAUGCACACGGCACCAACGUUACCCACGUGUUCUCUUAUUAUGAAUACAUUACCCACAAUUCAAAUGGAGGAUGUGAUGACGGAAAUGUGAAGCGAAGAUGUAGUGUGAUAGAUGUGUUUUCGCUCGACAGGAGAAAUUAUUCGUAUUUAAAUCAUACAUACCACAACACCUAAUAAAGUUUUGGAUCAGGCGUAACCCCGUUAUUUGUAUUCAAUAAUAUAAAAUCCUUCUAUACAAAAGACAACUUUAUGUAUAUGGCAUUAUGUUGAUCAUAUAACCUAUAUCGUAAAUCAUCAAAUGUGAUUCUUGAAGCAAAUUUAAAGAAAAUUGGAGCCUCAGAAUUUAAAAGAAAAUGGUAAAAACAGAAUGCAAAUGUGGUAUUGUAUAUGUAGUCAAGGGGAGGGAACUGUUCUUUGUAGUGGAUUUCUAAUGCACUGCAGUAAUGACGAAUUGCCAUUCCAAAAUAACAGUGAAUCGGCCGUGGUGUACCUGGUGUAGGCGUGGUGAUGGUUAAAGUUGUUUCCUAGAUGAAACAAAACACAAUGGUGCUACAGGAUAUGAGAAUGAUUGAAGUAGAUCUAGCACUGUAACAUUCCGGGUGAUUUAUAGCAUGGUACCAAUUGUUCAAACCAGACCAAGAAUAGAACUGGAUUAAAUGCUCCGAUAAAUAAAAAUAGCUUUAAAAGUACAAUUUAGAACUAUUAGAGUUAAUAUUAUUUUGAUACUAUUUUCCUUGCACAUAUGAAAUGUAUGAAAUUUUAACUGUUUACCCUAAUCUGUUUUUAUAAAACACGGCUUUCUAUAUCUCAAUAAUGUGAUAUAAAUAUUCUAUAGUUGAUCAGUGUUGGUACAUUUGUAAGUUAAAUUCCACUGCCUAUAUCUGUUAUUAAAUUUUGUAAUUUUCAACACUCUAUCGACUCUUCAUCAGGUUUAAACAACUGGUAACAUAUUGCUAAUAUAAUAUGGUAUAUGUCCUCUGUAAAUAUAGGUAUUAUAUAUUGUAACAGUACUGGCACAUUUUGUAAAUAUGUAAUCAAUUAAUGUGUUCAGUAACCCAUUAAUUUGUAUGAUGUAAUUCAUUAAUAAGUACUCGGCAUCAGUACAUUUUUGUUCAGCAAUCCAUUAGUUUGUAGUUAAAACGCGGCCUUCAUUGUUAUUUACAAGCAAAUGAUAACAAUAUCUUGUGAUUGUGUUUUAUUGUUUGUCCAUCAUAAGUGUAUUUUGUAAUAAUGUCCAUCUUAAGCGUCGUUUGAUGUUAACAUCCAUCAUAGGGGUAUGUAUGUAUGUGUUAUGCCAAUCAUAAGCGUGCUUUUAAUUUGUUCAUUAUUUUUAUCCAAGUUCAUGAUAGGUGUAUUUUAAUUGAUUUUGAUUUCAAUCAUGAUUUUGUUUUAAUUCUUUAACCGCUGAACUAAGUGUGUUUCAUUUUUAUUUGUCUUAUCCUGGACAGGGAUAUCCACAUUUUCAUCCUAUGAUCGAUACAAUCUACAUGCGCUAUUUGCACAUUCUGAACCAUGAUAUGACAUUACAGAAACAAUACAAUGACGUCACGGCAACAAUACAAUGACGUCACGUAAACAAUAUCUUGAAUUGAUGUAACGUCAAUAUUAGAUACAUAAUAUGGUAAACAGGGUAAGAGAAAAAUAUUCAUUCACCCACAUGGAAGUGAGACAGGGGAAUAUCAACCCUCGGCAAUCCUUGGCAGGCCUAGUGUUUAUCAACUUAUGUAUUACCUCUAAGGUUGAAAUUCCCCUGUCUCACACCCAAUGGGGUGAAUGAAUAUUUUUUCUUUCAUAAUUAUAAAUGCAUUUCGUAUUCACGUGUAUCAUCAAUGUAUUAUGUAUCUGUCUAUCAUCAAUGUAUUAUGUAUUUACGUGUAUCAUCAAUGUAUUAUGUAUUUACGUGUAUCAUCAAUGUAUUAUGUAUUUACGUGUAUCAUCAAUGUAUUAUGUAUUUACGUGUAUCAUCAAUGUAUUAUGUAUUUACGUCUAUCAUAAAUGUAUUAUGUAUUUACGUCUAUCAUCAAUGUAUUAUGUAUUUACGUCUAUCAUAAAUGCAGUUUAAUGUUUAUAUCAAUCAUUAGUGUAUUAUUAUGUUGACGCGUAUUAUAAGUGCAUUGUUAUGUUCACCAUAGAUUUUAUUUUUGAAAGAAACAAAAUUUAUAUAUGUUAUCUUAAACGCAAAAAUAAAUGGUUAAUAUUGAUUUCGGUUUGAUAUAUCUUCCUUCCGAUUUCAUUUGACUACCAGUUCACCAUUUUACGUCAAUACUUGAGGAUUUGAUAGUUGUGUAUGUGAGAUGCAGCGUAAUUUGUACGAGACGAUGAGAAUGAGGUACGGAACGCUUAUGUUAAUUGGAGAUAUUUUUUUUUGUUAUUAGUAAUGUAUUAUCAAUAACGUGGAGGUAUAAAUAUAUGACCAGGGAAAGUAGACACGAAUGUUUCUGUUUUGUUUAUUUUUUAGGAAUCGCAACAUUCAGCAUUGUCAAAAAAUGUCGUAUUUAGUAGAAUGAUGGUUUAGUUUUAAAAUGUGUAUUUUAUUAUCUCGUUUUCAAUGAUAAACCUAUUCCUGAUAUCAUGGUGUCAAAACUCACUGAUCAUGGUAUAUUCCGAUCAAUACUUAAAGAUAACGCGUUCCGAACACUUAAAGAUACCUGUGUCCUAAAUAUAGUGCCAUCUUGCCGUUUGGUGAAUGGACAUUAAGUUAAGAUUAUAUGAUUUCCAUUUUAGAAUAUGUCUGGAAGGUAAUGUGGGAAUUCAGAAAAACUGUUGGAAAAUACAAAAACGAGACUUACCAAGUAAACCACACGUAUUCUCCAUUUUACAACUGUAUGUAGACUUUAAAUAACUGUCAGCGGAAUCAUCUUUAAUGUUCCGUAAUGUACAUGGCAAGAUAUAUUCAUUAUGUGUUCAGCCAAUUACAUAUAUCUUUUCAACUGUCGGAACUAUUUUCAAGAAAUAUUUAAAUGUUCUUAUAUAUUAUUGAAUAUUUGCCAGUACCUGGAGGCAUAAAUACGCUUGAUUGUGCAUUCAGCGCACCUCUUUGGUGUAUACUACCGUUGUGUUGAUUUUGUGUGAAAGGUUCAUGUUAAAAUACAAUUUUGUAGAAUGUUCUUGUGUUUCAUGUAUAAUAUGAUAGGGUUAAUAAGUGUGUAUAUAUUAUGUACAAUAUAAUUGGAUGAAUAAGCGUGUAUGUAUUAUGUACAAUAGAGUGAAUAAGCGUGUAUGUAUUAUGUACCAUAGAGUGAAUAAGCGUUUAUGUAUCAUGUACAAUAUAAUUGGAUGAAUAAGCGUGUAUGUAGUAUGUACAUUAUACUUGGAUGAAUAAGCGUGUACGUUUUAUGUACAAAAUAAUAGGGAGAAUAAGCGUGCAUGUUUAUGUACAAUAUAAUUGUGUGGAUAAGUGUGUAUGGUAUACACUAUUCUUGGAUAGGUUAAUGGAUGGAUUAAGGUGAGUUUGUACAUGUCUGGCAUAAUUUCAGUUUAUGAUUUAUGACGGGUUCGUCAAAGAAAAUUCGUAUUUCUUCUUUACAUUAUCUUUACAUUCUUUUUUCUUUGCACAUAUACAUUUUCUGUGGAGCCUUCUUAAGCAAUAUUGAUCACGGGGAAUAAUAACGCCGUAUGAUUGUAUGUCAGCGCAUAACGGCCUUCACAUUCAAGCCGACAUAAUAUGAUCUCGCUUAAAUAAAUUCGUGUUAGGGGUCAUGGCAGACAUUGGAUAUAUAUGUCUAGUGGUUCGUGUGCCAGGUUGGUAACUUUGACUAGGAUUUAUACAUGUUUAAGUUUCCAAAAGAACGUAUUGUAAGAGUGUGUCUAAAGGUAUGGAAACCAUAGUUCACCAUUAUUGUGAAACUUUUAUAUUCUUUAAACUGUUGAUUGAUUUCCUUUUAGCUGUCUUUGAACAUGCUAAUAUACCCUCAUUUGCAUGAGGAUUACAACCUUUUUAUAUCGUGAGAUGGGGCCUGAUUUAAUGAACUGUAAAUGACUGCCGGCAUGUGUCAUAAUUACAGGCAUGUAGAAUACGACAUUUCACCGUCAAAAUGGACGUCGUACAUAAUUGACAAAGUUAGUAGUAACGGAUAUUUUAAUUUCAAUUGGAUUAGAAUCAAAAUUUAAAAACAACAUCAAAAUCAGCUAGGAAAACAUAUAUUAUAUUUGUCUACAUGUUAACGACUACAUAUGCAUUUACCACAGAAAGACAGUAGAAUGAUAUACACGUAUUACCAAACAGAAACAUUUCCAAAAUAUAUUGUGUAUAUGAUAUUGCAAAAAGGAAACAUUCAACGAGAGGAUGAAAAUGCAAAGCAAACAUCACUGUUUACGACAAAAACAUUUAUGAAAAUAUUGCAAUACAAACCACAUUUAACAUGCAACUGCAAUAUUAAAAGAAAAACCAAUGUUGUUUUACAAAUCACUAACAUCAUAAAACAAACUUUGCUUUCGUAUAUAAUAUGAUUACACCAUCGAACACAAAAUCAUAAACAAAAUAUUCCAAUAUACACAUUAUUUAACUAUUUCAAUUUUUUCUUGUGUUACAGAAUAGUCCAAUUAACAUUACAUAUUAUUGUGAUAUAGCAAAGAUUACACUGUAAAAUGUUAAUCAAUAAUGUUUUUCAUAUUGACAAACCUUAGCAGUCGUUGAUGUUGAAUAGGCUGACCCGACGGAAUCUAGUAAAAUAUAAACGAUGCUAUACAUUAUCUAUUUUCUUUCAUACAACGUCAGGUAUGAUUAUUUACUCCCGGCUAAUCGCAAAUCCAUUUCUGGUAAUCGUAUACUCCAAACCACUUUCUAUUAUUACUGUGGAGCUGAUAAUUGACCUGUUAAGUAUUGUAUUUUGGUAUAUAAAGUGGAUAGACGACUUGUUAUAUCACAGAUAAAUCAUAAUAGAUAGUUUAAGUCCGAAAUGAACUCGUCUAUUAUGACAUAAUGACAUAGUGAUAAUUUUUUCGAUACAUGUCUGUGACGUCAGAGUUGCCGUAUACAUUUGUACCUAUUGCUGUGUACAUAUGUCCUCGUGUGGUGGUUCUAUUUCCUUACGUGACGUCAGUUGUAAACCUCUCGCUGUAUACUGAUCAUCUCCUUGUGAUUGCUUUAUUUACAAGUGACGUCAUACAUAAAUUUGCUACCGUGAAUCAGUAUAAUGCAGUCCGGGUAUCCACCGUCACACUGUCCACGCCUUAAUCGUAAUUGUUGGAUGCCUCGUUGUUUGUUUGUUUGGGUUUUUUUAUAAAGAAUUUUGUCACGAUGAAAUUAAUGAUUUAAUCACUAAGUUUAAAAGAUGAAAUUAAAAGCUCGAAUUUCUGGAUUGUGGCAAACCCGUAAAUAAUUAAUGUUUUGGUAUUUUAAAACAAUAUACAACAAUUUUUGUUUUCAAUCGAUCAAACUCUCCCGUUGCGGGAGAUGUAAGGCCUUUCAUUGAAGCAAAUAUGUUAAAAUACACAUUAACACAUCACUGUAUUUCAAAAGCGCUACAGUUUCGAAGAAUUAAAUUUUCGCUUAAUUGGCUUCCAGAAAAAAUCCAUAAAGCCGAAAAUUAGCUUAAUUUCAUGAGCAUGUAUAAUACUUUGCAUCUUAUUAACCAUUUAGAGUUUAAAUAAACCAAUGGAAUACCUUUGUUUCAUAUCUAAACUAUAAUUCGUGAAAAAUUAAUAGCCGGAUUGGGUUAAGAUGUAAAGGAACAAAAACGAGUCAUCUUGAACACGUUUAUCUGUGUUCUAGUGAUACAUCUAUCCUUGCAUCAGUGAUUUAGACAUUCAUUUAAUAUCAUAUAGCAUCUACUAAACUUGAUGAGAAAUCAUCUAAAGUGUUCAAACCUGACGGGGAUGUGUUUGGAUAGAUCGCCAUUGAGGAAUGCAACAUUUAAUCACUAGACAAUGUAUAUUAGAAUGUUCAACUAAGGUUUCCAAACUUUCAUUGUUUCCACUUGGAGCACAUUUUUGGCAAACAUGCAAGAUCUAGUCAGUCCAAUCUUAAAUAUUACUGCACAUCAACCUGUUAAAGGCAUGCACCUUAAGAAAUGUAGCCUUGGCUUCUUUCAUACCAUGAAACCAACAUAGUGAAUAGUUCCGCUUGGAAUGUGUGUCGAAACAUGUGCUAGCAGCUGUACUGCCGGGGCGUUUUAGUUCACUCACCAUACACUUAUUUCAUUUUUCCGUCCGACCUCCUUCCACUCUCACAUCAUGCUUGUAUGGGUGAAUAGACAAUUCACUGUUUAUAGAUGAUAACUUUGUGUACAGAGAUGUGAGAGGAAGCACGUAAGAGAGAUAAAUCUUCGAUAAGAUAUUGUAAGUCAUCCGUACUGUACCUCAUGUUCUGCCAUUUGUACACUGUACGUGACAAUUCCGUUUGUAUAAAAUAAAUAAAUCAUUCUCGAUAUC